UCUUCGCUCAAACCCUAAUGUCUACACAUCGUUGUGAAAUUGGUGUUUAGAAUCAUUUCCUUUUUUCGUUUUCCCCCAAAUUCUAGCUGAUUUUUUUUUAUUUAAUUUAAUCUAGCUCUGAGCUGCCGCAGAUCGUUUGGCGAGAGGAGGGAAGGUCCGAUUCCGGCUGUUCGAUACAUGAUUUUUGGGGGAAAUUGCUGCCGGAGGCUCGACGGAGCUGAGCGUUGCCGUCGGUGUGAUUCAUGGCGUCCGCCGUUCUAGCGAGCCAGAAUGAAACGAGCUGGAGCCACAUGGGAAAGACGCAGUUCGUGAAUCCUCACGUCAAUUCAAACCCUCACCCUAAUUUUAAGAAGAAGCAGAAGCAAUUCCACCACCCGUCUGCAACGAACGCCGCCGCCCCUCGUUAUCGUAGCAACGUCGAUUUGCCGGCCGCGACGCAGACGGCGUCCGAUGAUGCGUAUUCCUUCAACCAGGCCCCCACACCUCGUGAAGCGGGGAAUUACGGCGGCUAUUUGACCUUCAAUGUCUCGACGUACACGAAGUCGAAGCUGCUGGAGCUCCGGAAACGCCUCUCGGCCGAGCUCGAUCAGAUCCGUGAUUUGCGAGAUCGGAUUGAGUUUGGUCGGUUCAACAAUGUUGAAACCCCUAGAUCUCAACCGAAAUCGAAGAAAUUUAGCGGCAGCAAGCGUCCUGGCCCUGCGAUUGGAUCCGCCCCCAAGAAUUUUGUCAAUGAAUUUGACAAUGGCUCUUUCGAGGCGGUCAAUUUUGGGGAUUUGUUGAAGGAAUGCGAGAAGAUCGUCAAUAAAUUGAUCAAAUGCAAACACGGGUAUGUUUUCAAAGUUCCGGUGGAUGCAAAAGCUUUCCAGCUUCACGAUUACCACGAUAUUGUGAAGCAUCCCAUGGAUCUCGGCACCGUGAAAGCGAAUCUGGCAAAAAAUUUAUACCGUACGCCUGCAGAAUUCGCCGCUGACGUUAGGCUGACUUUUAACAAUGCGUUGCUCUACAACCCUAAGUCGGAUCCUGUUAACGCGAUGGCCGAGGAAAUGCUGAUGCGGUUCGAGGAGCUGUUCAAGCCGGUGCAGGAGAAGCUCGACAAGCGGCUUGAGAAGGAGCCCCGCGAGUUCAACAUCAACAAUGAUUUCCCUUUCCGUGAGGUUGAGGAAUUGCAGGGGAGCUCUUGGAACAACAAUGGUUCUCAGAUUCUAUCCGCGAAGAAGAAGCCGAAAGCUAGCCAUGUUCCGGUUUCCCACAUUAUGAAGAAGUCUGAAGGAAUGCAUUCGUCCAUGCAAGCCCAUUCUAGUGCCUCAACGCCUUCUAAUCCGCCUCCACCGCCGAUGAAUCCACCGGAGCCGAUGCCCCCUUCGCCGGUGAGAGCUCCUCCUCUGCCCGUAGCAAAGGAGCAAAGAAGAGUAGUGGCGCCCAAGCUGCCGAAGCCGAGAGCUAAGGAUGUGAAUAAGAGAGAUAUGAGUAUGGACGAGAAGCAGAAGCUGGGACUUGGGUUGCAGAGUAUGCCCCAGGAGAAAAUGCCUCAGUUGGUGCAGAUAAUCAGGAAGAGGAAUGAGCAUUUGGCUCAGGAUGGCGAUGAAAUUGAGCUUGAUAUUGAGGCUCUUGACACGGAGACGCUGUGGGAACUUGACCGCUUUGUGACGAAUUGGAAGAAGUUGGUGAGCAAGACAAAGCGGCAAGCGUUGAUGAUGAACAACAAUCCAGCUCCCACCAGUCCUGUUACCGAUGCUGAUAUGGGUGCAAUGAGUGACAAGAAUGAUGACCUGGGUAAGAAGAUGAAAGACGAGGAAGAAGAUGUGGAUAUUGAUGAUGAUAUGCCGGCAGCGAGCUUCCCUCCCGUGGAGAUCGAUAAAGAUGAAGGGCUAGGUGGCGGUGGCGGUGAUGCUGAUGAAGGGCUUGGUGGAGGCGGUGGUGGUGGUGGCAAUGCCAGCAGUAGCUCGAGCAGUUCUGGCAGCUCGAGUAGCGAUUCAUCAUCCUCGAGUGAUUCAGAUUCAGGGAGUUCCUCUGGUAGUGAAUCAGACGCAAAUGAUGCACAGUCUUGACAACUGUUUGAUCAAAUCUGAAUGAAUUCAAUGAUCGGCAUUUGGUUGCUGUAAUGAAUGAGCAUAUUUGUUCAUGAGGUAUAAUGGUGUUAAGUAGUGUGGCUUGUAGUAGCUUUCUUGCCAUUUUAGUAAUGUACAUGAGCAUGAGCUGAAUAUAUUUGAAAUUGGCUUUGCAGAAUGGCAAAUGAGGCUGUUGUUGUAGUUGCUGGAUGAAGAAAGAAAAGACUAAAUGUUGGGUUUUUUUUCUCCAAAGAAAGUGGUAGCUUAAGCUUAGGUGAUGAUGAACAGAUAUUAUUGUUAAAAUCGUGUAGAUAGUUUGGUUAGGUUAACUUGUACAGUUUUUAUCUCCCCCAAAAAAUGGAAGAAAGCUAUUUACUGCUAUUGUUAUUCA